CAUCUUGUCUUGGCAACCCUUGUGGUACCGGUACAUGUAUGCACACCGGUACAUACCACCAGCCACCGUACCGCUACUGUAUUGUAAAUGGUUUGGCUUCGUCAAAAAGGACGCGGUAUUCGAUGAAGAUUCGACUCGAUCGAAGCUUAUUCGACUGCAUCCAUCUUUCGCAGCAAUCGCGGGACUCACGCAAGCUGGUCGCUGUCAUUGUUCUGUGUUCUGCAGGCUAUACGUAGCAGUGUCUGUCUGCCAACAGGUUCGUGUUUGAAGAGGAAAGAUCGUUGAUCCUUCUUGAACUGGAAAUCUUCCGCCGGCCUCGACGCCAUGGUUGACACCGGCUCUGCGAUAGUCACAAUUUACCCGUUUGUCGUACUAGUAGUCUAAUCGUUCUGCAGAAAUAUCACCAUGAAGACUGUGAUCCUUGCUUGCCUUAUCGCCAGUGCUGCCGCCUUUGUGCCUGCUGGCCAAACCGACCGCACCACUUUGGCUCUCCACGCCGAUUUGACCAAGGAGAUUGGUGCCCAAGCGCCUUUGGGAUUCUUCGAUCCCACCCAGAGUUUGGGAGCGGAUCCCACCAACGGAGAUCAGGCGGACUUUGACCGACGACGAUGGGUCGAGUUGAAGCACGGACGCAUUGCUAUGCUUGCCGUUGUCGGAUACCUCUCCACAUAUGUUGGAUACCGAUUCCCAGGAGCUGAGGACCUUCCCUGUGGAUUCGCUAACCUUGCCGAAGUUCCAGGAAUGGUCUGGGCUCAAAUGAUUGCCACUUGGGGUAUGAUGGAAGCUGCCAACCAGGAUCAAUCCCAGGCUCCCUGGGGAACUGACGCUGGUGCCCAAAACUUCAAGGCUGAGUUCAUUGGAGAUUUCCGAAACGGAGCUCUUGACUUUGGAUGGGACGAACGUUCAGAUGCAUGGAAGAGGAAGAAGCGCACCAUCGAAUUGAACAACGGACGUGCCGCUAUGAUGGGUAUCACCGGUCUUAUGGUUCACGACAUCAUGGGCAACGUUGACCAACUCCUCCCCGAUUGGAUCCAGAAGUAUUAAGUGGUCAACCUGCACUGUUGACUGCUGAUGACCAAAGAAGCAAUGCGCCCUCCCUCUUGCUACCUUUUGUACAUUCCCCCUUUUUCUUUUUAAGCUAAACGAAUACUGAAUUGCGUUGGGCUAAAUCAACUUGCUUCAUACUGUUCAGGUCGGCUGGAGG